AACCCUUCCCGGCUGGAAUAAUUCCCUGUUCAUUUGCAUUCCGUACCUUGGAGGUUUUGCCGGCAGUCCCCGCAGUGCCGGCGCCGCGUCCCGCUCCGCGCGGCGCCGCGCCACCGGCGCGGCAUGGAGGAGAGCGUCGCGGCCUUCGCAGAGCGCCUCGGAGACGGCGGCAGAGCCCUCCUGAUGCCCCCAGAGCCCAGCCCCGAGCCCUUCCCCGCCCCGGAGCGUGCCCAGGCCGGCGAGGAGCGCGGCUUCCUCCAGGACGCCAGGAGCGCCGCCGAGAACCCGGCGCCGCGCGGCACCGAGCUGGACGAGGACGCGUUCUACGGCGCCGAGGAGCUGGCGGCCACGAGCCGCGAGGGGAAGGGGCCCGAGCUGAGGGAGGAGCCCGACUUCUUCUCCUCGCUGGCCCGGCACGAGCCCGACGUGGCCCUGGAAGCGCACGACGAGGCCGAUGAGCCCGACCCCGCCCUCUCCGGAGCCGUCCCGGCCGCGGCUCACCGGACACAGCUGGGGCCGGCGGCCGAGGAGCGGCCGGCGUUCCCGCGGGCGCUGUUCCGGCCGCUGCCCUGGGGCGCGCGCCCGGCCGAAGGCACGGACGAAAGCACUUUAGAGCGGCGGCCCGGCCCCGGCGACUCCCCGGAGCCGCGCGCGGUCGCCGCCGUCCGACCGCCGGACGGCGACCGGGACGAGCCGGACGCCGGCGGCGCCGCGGCGCCGGGAUCUCCUGAGGCUCGCCCGGCCGCCGCCGAGGAACGAUACCCCCAAAAGGAACCAAAGCACGCGGACGGGCGGGGCCGCGCCGGCGUCCAGAGGUUGGAGUGGAUCUCCAGGAGCCCCAGCCCGUCCUUCCAGGACCUCCGGCCGGCGCCGGACGGAGCGGCCGGCUCGGCCGGCUCGGCCUUCCGCGCUCCGGCCGGCCGGGAAGCGGCGCCGGCGUCGCGCAGAGCCAAAGCCAAAGCCUCGGAGAGCUGCCGGCGGAGAGCGCCGGCGGCCGAGCCGGACGCGGCCGAGCCGGGCUCCGCGGCCGCGCCCGAGUGGGCGCUGCCGAAGCUGGACGCGGUGGGGAAGCAGUCGUGGACGGUGAACGCCGAGGACUCGGUGGAGCGGCUGCCGCCGGAGCCGGCGCCGUGCGGCGCGGCGGCGGCGGAGGUGCGGCCGUACGCGUGCGGCGUGCUGCUGGAGGAGCCGCGCAAGGACGAGGCGCCGGAGCAGGAGGACGAGCCCGGCGUCUUCACCUGCAUCGAGUGCAGCAUCUACUUCCGCCGCAAGGAGCACCUGCUGGAGCACAUGCCGCAGCACAGCCGCGGCGCCGAGCGCGGCGCCGACGCGACGGCCGGCCGCCUCCGCUUCUGCUGCGGCGAGUGCGGCUGGGCCUUCGCCGACCCGGCGGCGCUGGAGCGGCACAGGAGGCUGCACCAGGAGUCACGGGAGAAGAUCAUCGAGGAGAUCCAGAAGCUGAACGAGUUCCCGGACGAGGGCCGCGAGGCGCGGCUGCAGUGCCCCAAGUGCGUCUUCGGCACCAACUCCUCCAAGAUCUUCGUGCAGCACGCCAAGAUGCACGUCAAGGAGAGGAAGGAGCACGCCAACAGGAGCGCCGGCCUCUUCGGAGAGCUCCGCGACGGCGCCGGGCACGGCCUCUACAAACCCUUCCACGCCGACGAGCUGCCGGCGGCGCCGCCCGGCAAAGCGCCGAGCGCCUGCGUCCUCUGCGGCUUCCCGGCGCCCGACGAGCGCGUCCUCAAGGAGCACCUGAGGUACGCCCACUCCCACUUCUCCUGGCAGCCCGAGAGCUUCGAGGACGACGCCAACCAGCCCGGCACCAGCCGCGAUUCCUACAGCCCCGCCCGGCCCGCCCGCUUCGCCGACGCCGAGGUUUUCGGCAAAACCGAAAAGGGCUUUUCGGAGCGGCUCUUCCCGCCCCCGUGCCGGGAAGGUCCGUCCCUCUACGAGCCCGCCCCGGCCGCCUUCGGCGUGGGCCACCACAGGAGCGACGGGGCUGGCAAGAAGGAGCCGCAGGGAUUCCACCACGCCAGGAAGGCGGCGCCGUAUUCCGCGCCGCACCAAAGUUUGGGCUUUGCCGGGUUCUCCUCGUCCAAAGCCUACUCCCACUCGGCCCUGCAGCAGCUGAGGAAGAGAGCGGCCACCCAACAGCUGGAAGGGGACGGGGACGAGCUCCGCGGCCACCCCGCGGGGCCGGAGGAGCCGCGGCACGGCCGGGCGCCGGCCGGCGCCGAGGAGGAGACGGAGCCGGGGGACGGCCGGGCCGCCAUCGCCGUCGCCGUCCCUCAGGCCGCGCUGGACCUCAAGAGGACAUUCGGCGCCAUCCUGAGGAGCACGGACCCGGCGGUGGCCUCGGAGCAGCAGCGGCACCAGCUGAGGAUGACGGUGCCCGUGGUGGUCCUGGAGGAGAUGAGCGCCCACGCCAGGGCCGGCAAGAGGCCGCGGGGGAAGCCCCUCAAGAGGAAGCUUCUCCCGCCGCGGGAUUUCCUGCUGGAGGAACCGCUGCCCUUGGACGUUCUGCUGCUGGACGCGCCCCUGGAGGGUCCCCUGGAGCUCGAGGACCUCCUGGACUCGGAGGCCACCAUGCUGAAGAACGAGGAGAGGAAGUGCCCCUACUGCCCCGACCGCUUCCACAACGGCAUCGGCCUGGCCAACCACGUGCGCGGCCACCUCAACCGCGUCGGCGUCAGCUACAACGUGCGGCACUUCAUCUCGGCCGAGGAGGUCAAGGCCAUCGAGCAGAAGUUCUCCUUCCAGAAGAAGAAGAAAAAAGGUAUGGCCAACUUUGACCCGGGCACGUUCAGCCUGAUGCGCUGCGAGUUCUGCGGCGCGGGCUUCGACACGCGGGCGGGGCUGUCGAGCCACGCCCGCGCCCACCUGCGCGAUUUCGGCAUCACCAACUGGGAGCUCACCGUGUCCCCCAUCCACAUCCUCAAGGAGCUCCUGGCCACCGCCCCCGAGCACCCGGCGCUGCUGCGCGCCAUGGGGCCCUCCCCCGGCCGCGACCACCGCGACCUCCAGCGCGACCUCCACGCGGAUCUCCAGCGGGAUCACCACGAUUUCCAACGGGAUUUCCACCCGGAUCUCCAGCGGGAUCUCCACGAUUUCCACCGCGACCUCCACCCGGAUCUCCAGCGCGAUCUCCAGCGGGAUCACCACGAUUUCCAGCGGGAUUUCCAGCGGGAUCUCCACGCGGAUCUCCAGCGGGAUCACCACGAUUUCCAACGGGAUCUCCACCGCGACCUCCACCCGGAUCUCCAGCGGGAUUUCCAGCGGGAUCUCCACCCGGAUCACCGGGACCUCCAGCAGGAUCUGCACCUGGAUCAUCACCGGGAUCUCCACUGGGAUCUGCACCGGGAUCUGCACCGGGAGCUGCCGAAAUCGGCGCCGUUGGCGCCGCCCUGGGGAGAUGAAGUUCUGCAGCCCUACAGGGACGUGCUGGCUCCUGACGAGGACGAGUUGGUGGCCAUGGAAGUGACGUCCCCUCCUCCCAUCCCCAAAAAAUCCGGGAGCUCGGCGCUGGAGCCGCCCCCGCCCCGCCUCGGGACCAAGCUGAGCCCGGAGCCCCCCGGCGGCAAAGCCGAGCCCCAGGACUCCAAAGCCCCCAGCCUGACCACCUGCGAGGUGUGCGGCGCCUGCUUCGAGACCCGCAAGGGCCUGUCCAGCCACGCCCGCUCCCACCUGCGCCAGCUGGGCGUGGCCGAGUCCGAGAGCUCGGGGGCUCCCAUCGACCUCCUCUACGAGCUGGUCCGCCACAAGCCCAAGGCCGACGGCGCCGGCCCCGCGCUGGCCAAGAAAUCGGCGGGCUCGCCCAAGGAGCCGGGCGCGCCGCGGCCGCCGCUGCUGCUGCUGCCCAAGCCCGAGGGCUCCCUCAACAAGGCCAUCAAGUCCCCGCCGGGUUUCGGCAAGUCCCUGGGCCGGCCCGGCUCGCCCGGGCUCCGGAAGGUGCCGGCGGCGCUGCCCGGCUCGCCCAAAGGCGCCGAGGACAAGGGCGCCAAGCUGGCCCUGAGCCCGCUGCCCGCCGAGGCCAAAUGGGCGCCCGAGGAGGACGGGCCGCUGAACCUCACCUCGGGCUCGGAGCCGUGCCGCGACAUCCGCUGCGAGUUCUGCGGGGAGUUCUUCGAGAACCGCAAGGGGCUCUCGAGCCACGCGCGCUCGCACCUGCGCCAGAUGGGCGUCACCGAGUGGUACGUGAACGGCUCGCCCAUCGACACGCUCCGCGAGAUCCUCACCCGCCGCCGCCCGGGCCACCCCAAGCCGCUGGCCAAGAGCCUGCUGGGCGGGCUGGCCCCGCUGGAGCCGCCGCGGGCGCCGCCGGAGCUGCACCUGCCCGGCCUGGGCAAGAAGGUGCCGGCGCCGCUGAGCCCCCCGGGGCCGGCGCCCGGCGCGGCCUCGCCGCCGCCCACGGCCAGGAAGAUGUUCCCGGGGCUCUCGGCGCCCUCCCUGCAGAAGAAGCUCAAGCAGGACCAGCUCAGGGUGGAGAUCAAGCGGGAGCUGAUGGCCGGAGCAGGAGCAGGAGGAGGAGGAGGAGCCGGGAUCCAUCCCGGGGAGGCGCCGGCGCCGCCGGACCCGGCCUGGGCAGCGCACGAGGAGAUGGCACCGCUCAACCUCUCCUCCCGGGCGGACCCGGUGCGCGACAUCCGCUGCGAGUUCUGCGGGGAGUUCUUUGAGAACCGCAAGGGGCUCUCGAGCCACGCGCGCUCGCACCUGCGCCAGAUGGGCGUCACCGAGUGGUCGGUGAACGGCUCGCCCAUCGACACGCUCCGCGAGAUCCUCAGGAAGAAAUCCAAGCCCUGCCUCAUCAAGAAGGAGCCGCCGGCGCCGCCGGGGAUGGAGCCGGGCGCCGCCGGGCCGGGCGAGGACGGCGCGGAGGCCAAAGCGCCGCCGGGGCCGGCUCCGGGCAAGGCGCUGCCCCCGGGGCUGGCCCUGGGCAAGCCGGGCUCGGGGCUGGCCCUGGCGCCGCUGGGCUCCAAGAACCCCGGAGCCUUCCUGGCCACCAAGAGGCCGCUGGGCGAGGAGAGGCUGGGCGGGCACGGCGAGGCCAAGCACAAAGCCUUCGAGCUGGGCUUCAAGGCCAAGGCCCUGCACGACAAGGCCUCAGCAGAGGCCUGCUGCGAGCUCUGCGGGCUCUACUUUGAGAACAGGAAGGCUCUGGCCAGCCACGCCCGGGCGCACCUGCGGCAGUUCGGCGUCACCGAGUGGUGCGUGAACGGCUCGCCCAUCGAGACGCUGCGCGAGUGGAUCCGGCACCGGCCCCACAAGGCCGGCGCCUACCGCAGCUACAUCCAGGGCGGGCGGCCCUUCUCCAAGAAGUUCCGGAGCUCGGCGCACCCGCGGGAGCCGCGCGGAGCCCUGGCCGUGCCCUUCCUGCCCAAGGGCGGGCUGGCGGCCGAGGCGGCGCUGGGCGACUGCGCCAAGGGCCCCGACGGUGCCGAGCGCGCGCUGGGCUCGCCCCUGGGGCUGCUCAAGGUGGAGGAGCAGAGGGGCAACUUCAGCAAGUUCGAGCGGCGCCAGGCGCGGCCCCUGGAGCCGCCGCUGCCCCGGGACGCCGACGGCGGCGCCGACUUCCCGCGGAAGCUCCCGGAGCCGCGGCCGCCGCCGCGCGUGCGCCCGGUGCCGGCGCUGGUGCCGCGCCCGCCGCAGACCUCGCUGGUCAAGUUCGUGGGCAACAUCUACACCCUCAAGUGCAGGUUCUGCGAGCUGGAGUUCCAGGGCCCGCUGUCCAUCCAGGAGGAGUGGGUGCGGCACCUCCAGCGCCACAUCCUGGACAUGAAUUUUUCCAAGGCGGAUCCGUGCCGGAGCGAGGCGCCCCCGGAGCCCCCGGCCCUGGCCGAGGCUCCCUGAAAUUUUUUUUUUUUUCCCCCCGAAUCCUGGGGGGGGGGGAAAAAAAAAUCGAAGAAACCUCCAAAAGCAACGACAAAAAAACCACAAAAAAAAAAAAAACCAACAAAACAGCAAAGCAGCAAAAGCAACCUGAGAGCGGCCAGGAAGGGCGGCGGGAUCCCGGGAUCUCGGGGAUCUCGGGGAUCUCGGGGAUCUCGGGGAUCCCCCUCGGGAGCGGCGCCGGCCCCGGGCGGGGCGGCCACAAGCACUACACGGAUCCGGAUCCUCGGCGUUCCCGGCGGGAAUUCCCCGCCUUCCCGCCCGAAGGAAGAACAAAAUUCCCGAUUUUUUUUUUUUUUUUUUAAAUCCCAAAGAACCGGCGGCGCCGCCUUCGCCCGGCGGGCGGCGACUCGGGGAGGGAAUUCCCGGAAUUCCCGGAAUUCCCGGGGGGGGGAAGCGCUGUGGAUUUUGUACAUUUGGACCCUCGCAGAGCUGUAAAUUCCCUUUUUUUUUUUUUUUUUUUUUUCCCCGUUUUUUGUUCUGUUUUUUUUAGUGGCCCCGUAGAUGUCGGAAUUCCCUCAGUUCCGGGGUUGCAUGUUCCCAAAAUUCCCACUUUUCCCAAGCGAAUCCCGCGGGAUUCUCCCCCCUCCUCCCGCUGCCGAUUCCCAGAAUUCCCCCGGCAGCGGGAGCCGGGCAAUCCCGCGGGAAUCCCCAAAAUUCCGGGAGGAUUCGGCUCCGUUUUUCCCCCCAAAUUCCCUUUGUGGUUCUUCCCGUUGUUCUCGGUUUUAUUCCCGUUUUUUCCCCCCUCAUCCCGACUUUUUUAAGCUCUAGAUUUGUGUAGAAAGCAAAGGAAAAGAGAAAGAUCUGUUUUUAUUUGGGAAUCCCGAAACUUCCGCAUUCCGGAAGGAAUUUUAACGGAGAAAUAUUUUGGGUUUGUUGUUUUUUUUUCCUGGUUUUUUUUUUUUGUUUGUUUGUUUUUUUUUUUUGUUUGUUUUUUUUUUUUUUUAAUUUUAUUUUUAAUUUUAAUUUCCACGUUUUUCGGGACGUUUCCGGCGAUUCCUGUACCCGGGACUGGGGAAUGAUGGAUUAAAUUCUUCUGGAGAUGAA